AUUGUGGUCAUGUUGAUUUGAUGAUCCACAAAUACAAAGCUCGCCGUGACUGGGUGUUGAUUACAACUCGAGGAAACACCGGUUGCAGGUGGCUUUGGCGGCUCUUACCCUCACUACCAAAUAAUCUUCACAACUCAUGGGCACCCUAGUAUGAUGAGCCCUCCACUUGACGAACAUGCCGUUCUCGAAGAUCAAGAGCUUUUUUUCCCGUCUAGCCAAGGGUUCAGCUUCGGGAAAGUUUUCAUGUACUUACCUAACGGAACACCUUUACCUUUUUUUUCUUUUUUGCACCAGCAGCUGACUUUUGACUCGUCGAGGUGUCACUUUCGAAUCCGCUUCAUCUAGUAUGUACAUCUUUUUCUUCAUCUACAAACAAUUGGUAUCUAGAAUAUGUGACUACAUCAUCUUAUUGCUCUUUUCUCUGCCUCAUCAGCAGCUGGGACCUUCACUUCCGAAGUUUCGAUAAGCGCGAACCCGGAGCUUCUGGCUCAGAGCCCAGAAGUUGAUAUACGAGAUGUGUACGAAAUCGGAAAAAUUUUGGGCUCAGGCUCCUUUGGGCAGGUACGAGAGUGCAAGUGCCGACAAGGAGGGCAUGUUCGCGCCGUCAAGAUAGUAGAAGCAGACGACACCGAUGGAGAGUGGUCUUUUGAUUCUUCUUUUUUGUGUGCAAUUUCCUUAUCCUCUUCCGGACUUCAUGAUUGAAGAUAUACAGACUUUAAUGAUUGUGUUGCUCUACAAGUAUUUCCAACCUACUUCUAGAUCUAGUAGUUACGUCGAAAAACGUGAUUUUACGACACUACAAAAAACAGGUCUCGUCAGGUGGUGUUUGUGCGCGAGGUGGGACUCUUGCAGCAGCUGGAUCACGAGAAUAUCGUGAAGUUUUACGAUUUCUUCGAGGAUCCAGAUUUCUAUUACAUUGUGAUGGAAUUCUACACUGGCGGAGAGCUCUUCCAGCGGAUUCUGGAGAUCAAGCGUUUUUCCGAGUGCGAUGCAGCAUUUCUCGGUUUCCAGAUGAUGCUGGCGCUUGAGUACAUCCAUUCCCUGCGCAUCGUCCAUCGCGAUGUGAAGGCUGAGAACUUCCUUUUCACUGCACCAGGGUCCAUUUACAACACACCGCUGAAAUUGAUCGAUUUCGGGAUGGCGGUAAAGCGGCAGGACGACCAGCAAGUACUCCAUGAGCUGUGUGGCAGUCCCCACUACCUUGCUCCGGAGCUGAUCGGCCAGCAAUACAACCACUUGGUGGAUUUCUGGGCCCUAGGAGUACUGCUCUACCUGCUCAUGUACGGAAGAUAUCCCUACGACGCGAAGGACCCGCAGGAACUAAUGGUAAAUCGCACACUUUGUUGUGAUGAGAAGAAACUUCGUAAGUAAUUUCAUCUCUUCCUCAGCACGUGCGUGUCUUUGAAAGUUAUAUGGAAUGGGGAUUUUGCACAUGGGGACCAAUAGCAGCCUGCUCGAAAAAAAAAUAAAUUUUCUUGAACAGAGAUGGUAGAUAUAGGCGGGCACUUUCGCUAGCUCGCUAAGCUAUUUAGUAGAGAGGCGCGCGGCCUGAAAGGAUCGCGGCAGCUGGAGAAUGCAGGCGGCGGGAGUGUGGCUGUUGGCGAGACAGCUGACGCAGUACGCUGACGCAGAUCGCCCUCUUUUGCUGCUUCGUGUGAUGUCCCGGAGCUUGGCUUGUCGUUCCAUGGCCAGGCCUGUCGCUCUUUCCUGCCCUUCGGACAGGAGGGCUCGGAUUGUUUCAAAUUUCUGGAGACUUCUGAGGCUCGCGAGAAAUUUGAGACGAAAAAUGGGGUGCUUGUGCAAAAUCCCCAAAUGCGUCAUCUAGUGGGGAUAGAAAUUGGGGAUCGCGAUUUGGGGAUUUUGCACAGGCAUGAUUUUCCAGGAGGCAAGCCAAAAACUUUCGAGCGCUUGUGCAAAGUCCCCAAAUCGCGGCAUCCACCCGGAACCUAGUGGCAAGAAGCUCCCUCUAAUCAACCACUUUCCCCCGGAGCCUCGAGCAAAACCGCGAAAGGGCCGCGUCCUCGUCGGCAGCUUGUGCCAGACUGUCGCACUCAUAGCUCACACGCCCUCCGCUGAGUGCAGUCCUCGAGCUUCCGCGAGCCUGGCCAUUUGCCUCUUACCUAGCUAGGUAGCCCACUCAUUGCAUAUAGCUAGGUAGGACGCCUCAUCAUCAUCCAAACUUCAAAAAUUUUCGCCAAGCUGCUUCUAGUGCUCCCCAUGUGCAAAAUCCCCACUCCAUAAGUUAGUUGAUGUUGGCUUGUAAUGAAAUGAAUACAAUUACAACUUCUCCUCCUGCGUAAUACCUCAUCAAGGUCUUCAACGUGCUAUUAUACUUUUCAACAUCCUUAUUCCUUGCAAUUUGAUGAACUUACAAGAUACAACAGGUGAAGAUUUUGACGGAGAAAAUUGAGUGGCGGCAUCCGAAAGCUCGAAUAGGGGAUGCUGCGAAAGGCUUUCUAGGAUGCUUGCUGGAUCGUGACGUGCGCACUCGUUAUAGUUCACGAAAGGCCAUGAAGCAUCCGUGGGUUGUGCAGAAUAUGCUUCGCGUGGAGACGCACAUCAAACCAGUGAACAAGACGAACAUACUCGCUCUGAAGUUUAUUCAGGAACUGAUCCGGGAUGGAAAGAAGCUGGUCCCACUUUCCAGACAUGGUAGCAAGGAACAGGUUGAACCAGAAGCCGCAGCGACUACCGCGCCACAACAGAAAGACACCAAGGAGAAAGAACACAGUACUACCUAUUUCGCUACUCACGUCAAUGCUAUGCAUCUUCAUGUUACUUAUGGUGCUUGGGAUUUCUGCUGCCCGUUGAACGGGGAGUUUCCUCAAAAGAUGGUGCUAAGUAUAUGAAAAUGAAUCAUCAUGGAUGUGUACUACUUGAUGACAACGAUUAACAUGUAUUUUGAACCACGUGUGGUCUAAAAAUCGUCUUCGCAACACCAGGGACCCCAACGACUGGCGCGUCCACCAGUACCGGAAAGAAUAAGAAAACUCGGCCUAGCGGCAAGAAGGAUGAACUGCAGCCACCUGGAGCAGGAGAAGCGUCUAGGAAGUCAUCAAGUGGGCACUCGAAAUUGGCCGAGGCAAAAGAGAAAGCGGUGAAGAAGGAUCAGGCUACUGCGAGGCAGGCACACAAAACGGACAGCUCUGGAGGCAUUGUAGGCAGGAAGCGCGCGUCAUCGAAACAUGAGGACAGAACAAGCAAAAUUAGUUCUCCACCAAGUGCUGGCGCUGCACCGAAACAGCAGCAGCAGAUAAUAAAUGUCGAUGAUGCUGUUGAUAAUUCAGGAGCUAAAGCUCAAGUGCCAGGAGACGUUGUCAAGAAAAUAGCAGGAGACGAGGUGGCGGAACAAGAUAAGUCUAGUAGUACUAGUGCAAAGAAAGCUGUCGGUGGAGAGGACGCGACCACGACAGAAGCCAAAGUGGCAGCUACAUCAGGUACGUCUUCACCUUCAAGAGACGCCAAACCGCAACGUCAGGACGCACAAGCGGCAGAAGCAUCGGCAAAAUUGGCACUAGAUUCAGGUGCAGACGUGGUUGACAAGAGUACGGGUAGCGCGCCAGAUGGGGUCGACUCGAAGGACACAGGAGAGGACCGCGUUGUUGGCAGAAAAGAAGUAGAUGAUGAUGAGGCUGGCCGAAAAAUACGAGGGGAUGAGCCAGGAGACGCAGUAGUACCCCUCUCAGCGUCGGGGAGUGAGGCGGGAGAAACGUCGGUGGAGCGGAUUGAGGUGGACGUCGGAGCAAGGACAGAGGGUCCUCCCGGCGGAGGGAAGGACGAGGCUGGUCUUCUCAAUACUGGUAGAAUAGACUCAACAAGUCAACAGGCUGACGCUGGAGAAAGAGCAGUCGACACCGCGGGCCCCUCUAGCAGCGUUGAUAAUGGCCUCCCGCCUGUUCCGGCACCCUCAAAGACAUCGAACAUGCAAGCACCACAGGAGAGCUCGUCUUCGAAGAUACCUACGCUUUUGCAGGACCCAAUAAAAGAACUAGAGGACACUAAACCGCCAAUGAGUGACCGCGGCUCAGACGGGGCUCCCGACGAGCAGGACAUACCGCAAAGCUCGGCAGCUGAUGCCGACGAGUCUUCAGCGUAUGCACGAAGCUUCUACUUGCCGUGAGGUUGCUCUUGUUUGUAAUCCGAUCAAAUCUGUACUAAUACUAAACAACGAUAGAACCUAAAAAUCGUCCUAACAGAAGUUAAAGUCUCUAAAGAACUUUGGCUUAGUGUUAGUAAGUUAACGAGUUUAAGAAAUUAUCCAUGAGGGACAAUCUUCUUUAAUAUGCUAACGUGACAACGAAGUUCUCGUCUAAUGUUGCGAAGACGAGGAUGACUAUCAAUAUCAAACAACGGACGACGACGAUGAAGACUCAGACGAGGAUCCGGCUGAUCAGAAAGACACUUUCGAGGUCGAUGACACUGUUUACGAGCCCAUUGACAUUCCGAAAGAGGUCUUGCAUAUGGCGCGUCGCAGCUCAAUAGCCACGAGAAGGCUCGUCGAUACGAGUACUCAGCUUCAACUCUUUGAUAUCGCAGUUGCAGGAAUAAAACAUUCAUAAUCUAUCUGCAUCAAUGUUAAACUCCUUUGCGCGUGUUGUAGCUUGUUCUGCUUCUCUCUGCUGGUUUAAUUUGCACUUAAUAUCAAGAUGCAGCAACGUCAGCUAUAUUGCUAGUCAAGAUGACCAAAGAUUGACAAAACUGUCGUCACAGCAUUCGAGAGUGUACGAAAUCAGAAGUUACAGUUUAUCGAGGAGGAGUACAAGCGCGGUCUCCGAUACGGGCAUCGUAUGGGUGGACCUACGCCGUCAACGUCAGAAGCGUACUUUGCCGCUCCCAUGCAUGCAACUAAUAUGGCAGAAGACAACAACACCACGCAACGGAUGCUCAAAGGAUGGGUAAUUAUAGAGUAAUCAGCCGCAAACCCAUACUAGUGAAUCCCUGGUACAUAGGUUUAGGUUGGUCUUUUGCUCAGCUAGAAGUAUAGCUUAUGCUAUGAUUGAUGAACCGUUGCUCGUUCAACGGACAUCAAUUUGUAUUUGUACGUUUUAGUUUUACUUCUUGUCUCUAAUAUCGGCGAAGCCGUGAGCAUGACCAGCAUGCACAAGCCUUCUCUCGUAAUAGAGCCUGUUGGUGUUUUUGGAGCCCUAAAGCGAAGAAUGAGUACCUUCAUGGGGAUAGCAGAGUUACCAGAGGCAGGUGGGACUGGCGUUGUAAAACGUAAAAAUCCUUACUAGAAUUUCUAAUUAUUUCAUUCCAUUGUCUGCACCGCUAGCUCGCGUUUGGCGAACAGCUUGCUCCUUUUGGUUAACUCUUCGAAUUCUUUCAUCUUCUACCUUUUCUCGCAUCAUGAGAAUCUUCUCCCAGUCAGUCUUGAAAACUCGAUCUUCUUCAACUUCAGGCCCAAGCGAACAAGUGCAAAAUAACCGGAAUUCUAAGGGUCCAGAUGUGGUAACACGGAUGUCUCAAGUCACGACUUUACAGAAUGUCGGAGCCGCGCCAGCCGGUCCUUUAGGAAUUCCAAAAGAUUCAGGGAGGUAGCUUUUGCUUUUAUUUCGUAGCUUCGCUGUCGCCUUGGAUCUAUCACUUGACUUUUCAUUGAUACAUACUUAACGUGAAGAUGCUUCAUGCCACAGCCUAAAAAAUCGACGAGAGACCAUCUGAGUUGUAGAGAUGUAUCGGAAUCGUCAACUGCACAAAGAACAAUGAUGAUUUUGGCUAUGAGCAUGUUAAUGUUCCCACGAUUAUCAGUUUUUGGAUGAAGCCGGCCGGUCCUAAGGGAAGUACGAGUUUUUUCCUGCAGCAGAACCAGCUUUCACUCAACGCGGGUCCUUUACAGUCUAGCGCGAGCACCGUUGUUGCAAAUGGAGUCUCGAUGAAUCAUAUGAGUCUCGCAGCACAGCUCUUAGAAAAACGGAAUAAUGUAUUCUUUCAUUUUGUUGUUGACACAACGAACGGUGUUGACGAUGUCGACGCUGCAUAGAAAUAGUACUCUGUGCUGACGCUAUGUAUUGUACUUCUACAGUACAAUGAAGAAGUUCAAAUAUCUUGAAGUCAUUCUUCUCAGCCAUAUCGAAGAUUGAACAUGAGAUGAAACUUGUUUUAUCUUCAUCUGCUCAUCAGCAUCUUCUUCAGGUAUCCAAUCUGGCUUCGGUAGUGCCAAUAUCUGAAGAUCCUCCUAUGGACUCUGACACUAACUCCAAUUGCAGUCCAAAACCUCGUGGGUACAAACGCGGAGCAACGAUAGGAAACCUGUCCGAUCUAACCGCAAGUCCUGCCUCAAAACUGCCCCGGAGGUUGUCUUACAUAGGCUCCCUGCAACCCUUGCAAGAGCGGGCACUAGCUAGUAUGUUCCAGCAACAAAUUCCCGAGACGAUUGUAGAGCAACUUCGCGAGAGCUGUCUCAGUGUCGCUGAGGCAUCAGAGACGCUGGAAAAAUCGUCACCGAAUGGAGACGAGAGCACUUAAAUAGUACGGAUAAGGGGCAACGGCAAGGGAAGAUGCCUACAGCUAGAAGGAGGUCGCUUUGCGGCCGGAAAAAUUGCAUCAACAUCAAUGAGAAGGUAACUUAGAAGAAGUGAGAGCAAGAAGAAGUUUUAUGUUCGCUAUUCAGACAGAACGGAUGAAGGGUUUUCUAUGUAAGUAUCAGUCAGGUCUAGCAGAUGCAUUCGUGGUACACUAUUGCAUACUCUGCGUUCGUGGUGCAGUACUACUCACCUUACAUAUCGUAGCUUAUAAUUUGAAUAGUUAACGUGUCUUCCUAAUAUGCUUGCGCUUCUUAUUACAUUUUUGAUAUGAUCCUGAUCGAUACUAAUAUCGAAAGAGGUACAGAAACAGGUAACAAGGAUAUCAGUCACCCAUUCCUCUGCAUUUAACUUAUCGAAAUGAAAUGCGUCAGUCCGAAGUACAUAUUUAUAGAAAGAGUCAUCUGAUAAAAUGCUAGGUAGUAUCUAGCACUUGCACAACCGUUGUCUUGUGGUUGCCACCGGCUCUCGUACAAUUGACCUCGGCGCUCUUGACCUCGGCGCUCUUCGCUUGCAUGACGAUAUUCUCAAUAUUUAAUGCAACGAACAAGUACUUCUUAUCAUUUAUCAAUGAAUAUCUUUAUGAAAAAUGCGUGAUUCUGAAUCUUCUUGUUUACAAUAUUUACAUUAUCGAAUGCUGAUUAACUGAAAUAAAUGCAUUUAUAUUUAUUGGAGAAGUACUAGUUCCCGUGCAGAGCUGUUUAGCUGCACGCACGCGAUAAAAAUCAAUCGAAAUAGAUGUUCAGCAGGGUGUGAUGUUGGGGUUUUCCAGUAACGAUGAAGUUUACAUGGAUCUUCAAGUCACUUAAUGUAAGCUUUGCUAAUGGUUGGUGUAUAUAGUCCUUGCAAUGUAUCUAAAAUUCUUGGUCAGUUGUACCACAGGUAAAAGUUCUUUGAUGUUUCAGGCUGAUUAUGAAGUUCGUUGAGCUGCAGUGUUUACACAUGUUUAUUGGAGAAAACAGUAUUAUAAGUAUAACUUAGCGGAUGUACUACACGGUCCUUCAGCGGCAGUGAUCGGUCUAGUUUGCGUAGAUCUGUAUUAGCUCCUCAGCAGCCGCGUAUGUCUGCCAGUUUCUCUGGUAGGCCCACACCUAACCUAACCUAACCUAACAGGUUGUUGGUACUAGUUAGUUUCAUUUUAUCGUGGAGCAUUCAUGAUUUUCGUGAACAGACUUCGAUCUGGAUGGAGCAGUUAACCAACCAGUGUACAGUUGUAUAUGAAAAACUUCAUAUUAUCAGACGAUCAACACGAAACCCCAAGAGCCUCUAGUUGUACAGCAGGCGCGCGACGUGGGCUAAAGAAUAUUGCAAGCAGCGACAGCUGAGAAUUGUAAAAGUCGGGCGGGAUAAUUGAGGAUACGCCUUAGUUAGUUCAGAUAUCUUCCAACAAUAUCGGCUUCCUUUCUCGCAGGACCGGAACAGGCGCUAAUGAAAGAACAGAGAAA